AUGGAGGGGCGGAGGAAUUGGGAAGGUAUGCCUUUAGGCGAAUCGCACUCUCCUCCACAAUCAGUGCCAGGCCGAAGGACUCCUUUGGGGGCUGUUGGUCUGGGUGGCUUCUACAUGCAAGGAGGCCAGCCUCCGCCUCCACAACAUUGCUAUCCCACUGAUGAAAACCAACCGGAACCAGGCACCAGCUAUGGCCAACGGGCACUUGGAGAUGGAAAAUCGAAACAGAAAAUGCGCCAGGGCAAAAACGUGAGGUUAAAUAUAAAUGCUAGAGAGAGAAGAAGAAUGCACGAUUUAAACGACGCAUUAGAUGAACUAAGAUCUGUGAUUCCCUAUGCCCAUUCGCCGUCCGUUAGGAAACUGUCAAAAAUUGCCACGCUACUGCUAGCCAAGAAUUACAUUCUUAUGCAAGCCAGCGCACUCGAGGAGCUACGCCGACUCGUUGCCUAUCUCCAAGGAACUGCUACAGCCGCUGGCAUCGUCGCCCCACCAGGCUUUGAUCUAGCGGGUCUACCCGCAACUACUAAACUUCUUCAGCCACCUUCAUUGGGACCACCAGCACCUCCUGAUCCACCUUCUUGA